AUGGAGCAGCAGUCCUCGAAGGGUCUAGUAUUAACCACAUCCGGACAUGAAACACAAUCAGCAAACUCGGUAAAAGAAUACUCAGAUCCACCAAUCCCUGAUGAUCUACUUACCGAGAUAUUCUCCAGAGUCCCGGCAAAGUCUAUAGCUAGGUUUCGUUGCGUUUCGAAAUUCUUGGCAUCCAUAUUUUGCCGUCCUGAUUUUACUGACUUGUUUUUGACUAUGUCUUUGACUCGUCCACGGUUCCUUUUCGCCUUAGAAGCUGAUAAAACGUUGUUCUUAUACUCUGCACAUCAGCCUCAUAAUCCAAACGAUAACUCUUCUCUUGUAGCCACCCCUUAUCAAACGCUUAUCUUUCCAGAAUAUAUUGGAUUUGAUAACCCUAGAACACUCUUGAUCGCAGCAACGUACCUUGGGUAUGAUCGGAUCGGAAAACGGUUUAAAGUGUUGCGUAUGACCUCGUCACGUGAUGGAAGACCCAAUACUCAUCAGGUCUUGACGUUGGAAUCUGGAAAGCUUUUAUGGAGAAUGGUCGAAUGCAAGUUCCAUUUUGUGCCGACCCUUGCUUUAGCUACUCAUAUAUGUAUAAAUGGUGUUUUGUAUUUUGAAGCUAAGUUGGGGAAAUCUACUGUUAUAGUUUGCUUCGACGUCACGUCUGAGAAGUUCGGCUUUAUUAACACAAAUGAAGACAUGGAACAAGGGCUUGCAUGUGAGUUGAAAUCUUUGGAACUUUUUAAUUACAAAGGUAAAUUAGGUAUACACAAUAAGGAGAAUGAUUUAUAUGGGAAAAGACUUGUGCUGUGGGUUCUAGAAGAUGCUGGAAAUCAUAAGUGGUCCAAGAAUGUCUACGUAUUUUCUCCUUUAGAUGAAAAGAUGGUCAAGCAUAUCAAGUUUGUUGGAGUGACUGGUAGAGGUGAUAUUGUUUACUCGCCACGCCCGUUCCACCCUGUAAACUGGUACUUCGUUGUCUUCUACAAAGUGGAGAGUAAGACUUUUACAAGAGUCAAAGUUGAGGGACUUGAAGUUGAAGAGGGUGAGAAGAAUCAUUUUAAAAACACACUGAUAGGCUAUGUGGAGAAUUUGGAGUUUAUGUAA